AUAAGGCUAUAGAGGUUUCCUCAGCCCACCUGGAGAGAGCCAAGCAUCUGUUUGAAGAAAACGAAGCUGAAAGGCCCUUUAGUGCUGAGCUGACCAAAAGAGGCCAUGAUGCUAAAGAAGAAAUUCGCAGCAGUAUGGAUUCAGUGAAAAAUACAAUCUCUGACUCAAAGCAGCCACCGUCUACGAGUGAAAGAUUUGGGGAUAUAGGUUGUCAGCUAACAGCGUCACAAAAAGCUGACGUGACAGAACUGUGCACUCUCCUGGAAGAAGCAGAUACUCAGUUUGACUUUACACAGUUCAAAACUGUGAAGCUACAGCAGCAUUGUCAAAAUAACGCCACCUCCCCCCAAAAAGCUGACAAAGAACUUGACCCUGAUUUUCUUAUGGGUAUCGAUUUUGAUGACAGCUUUAGUUCCGAUGCUGAAAAGCAUAAAAUGAGGUCAGUUUCAGACGGUACGACAAACUGUGAGGCAUCAAAUCUGACAAAUAAAUCCACCCUGACAAAAGAAAAUUCCUCUACUGAAGAUGCGUCUCCCUCUUCAAAGAGCAUCUCUGACGGCAGGUGCUGUAUUGUGUCAGCUGAACCCCAAAAUCCUCACAGAGCUGGGUACACUGAGACAAGCGAGCAGGAGAACAAAACCCCUUUGAUGUCUGGUGCAGGAUUCAAAACUGCGAGAGGAAGUGAUUUGAGAAUUUCAAAAGAACGUUUGAGCAAAGCCAGAGCUUUGUUUGCAGAUUUAGGGGAAAAUCUGACUGAUCAGAAGUCGGGAGACAAGCUAAGCAGAGAUGCUGCUGCUAAAACCGAGCAGCGACAGAUCACCAGCAUUACAGAUAAAAAUGCUGCAUUGAAUAACAGCAAAAUGGACGCAGCUUCGUAUCAAAGUGGAUUCCAACUGGCCAGUGGGAAGGGGGUUUCGAUUUCAGCGAAAGCUAUGCAAGAGGCCGAUUCCCUCUUCAAAGACUGCGACAUUACCGACAAUAAGUCUGGUGCGUCUGUAAAACAUCAAAAGAACACAGAACCGUUGCCUACAUUCAGUCACACGAAAAACCUUUUGAAACUUAAAGGUAUCCAAGGACGUAGAGAUAACUUUUCUGAAGAAGCAAUCGGUGAAUGUUCAAAAGCGAGUGCUGGACCAGCUGCCAGUCAUACAAAGGUUGUACAGCACAAUUCCACCGUAAAAGCGUUUUCUUCUCCCUCGUGCUCAACAUCAAAGAGUUCUGGCUCCUCUGGAAUGAAUCAGUCGAACAAUGGCGGUGGAUUCUGUACAGCCAGCGGGAAGAAGGUCCGCGUGUCGGCUGAUGCGGUGAAAAAAGCUGAGCGUCUGUUAAAUGAAAUUCAUGCACCUGAGGACACAAAGAAACAACUGAAACAGGAAGGAGACGCUUUAAGAACAGCUCAUGUGGCUGAUCGAAUUCAAGUUGGACCAAUUCAAAACGGUGGAUUUCAAACAGCCAGCGGCAAAGGAGUCGUCGUUUCAGCUGCAGCUCUCAAGAAAGCAAAAUCGCUGUUGAGUCAAUGUGAAGCAUUCGAGGAUGAAAUCGAUGUAAAACCAUCUCACUCCAAGACGCCUGUUCGAGGUCUUGCACCCAGGACAAGUGGAUUUUUUGCAGCCAGUGGGAAACCUGUGGGACUUUCAGCUGAGGCCCUCCAGAAGGCAAAAGCUCUUUUCAGUGACAUCACUCUCAGUGCAGAGCUCCCGGCUGUUUCAGAGACAAAGGAGAGUCAAGGCAACACGGAAAAUUCAGACAAAACACACGGUGGUUUCAUGACUGCAGGGGGCGCAACAGCGGGCUUGUCUAAGAAAAAAAAGUUCAAAGCAAACAACAUUUUGAAAGAAUUUGAUAAUGGUUCUGUUUCCGUAAAAUCGCUGCAAGAAGCAGAUGCUUUCUUCAAAGACUGUGACAUCAUGGACAGAAACAACGGAACCACAGUUAACUAUGAGAGCGGUGUAGCACCUGUGAGUGGAGGUGGCAGUGAGAAGAAACAAGAUCAGAGGCUGACAAACACUUCUGAAGAGCGUGGAAGUGGACGCUGUGGGUUUGAAAAUUUGAAUGUGGGACCAGAUGUAAACCAGAACGGUUUUCUGCCUUCCGGUGAUGUGAAGAUACUUGAAGAUUUGACCCAUGGAAACCCAUCAAAGCAACUCUCUACCCCGUUGUGCACAACAUCAGAGAAAACUGGUUCCUCUGCCUUCAAUAUAUUUAGCAGCAGUGGUGGGUUCUGUACAGCCAGUGGGAAAAAAGUAUGUGUGUCAGAUGAUGCAAUGACUAAAGCAAUGUCACUAUUGAAUGAAAGUGCUUUGCUUACGGAUUCAAACAAAAUCGGAAAACAAAUUCUGAAACAAAAAGAAGAAAAUGGGACGCUUCAGAGUGGUGGAAAAGGAGUCGCUCUUUCAUUUGCAGCCCAGAAGAAAGAAAAAAUGACAAAUACCAAGUUGCCAGUUUCUUGUUCACCACAGAGGAAAGGGGGAUUCCUUGCAGCCAGUGGUAAACCAGUGGCAUUUUCAUAUGAAGCCCUUCAGAAGGCAAAAGCUCUCUUCAGUGACAUGGAUCUCAGUGCAGAGAUCCCGACUGUUUCAGGCACAAGAAAGAGCGACAAACACGAAGAGGCUCAAAGUAGUGCAGGAAAAAUAAGUUGUGGUUUCUCAACUGCAGGGGGAGCUAAAGUCAGCGUGUCACAGACAAAUCUUCUGAAAGCAAAGAACCUUUUGAAAGAAUUUGCAGAUGAAGAAACUCGUCCCUCGGAUUCGUACUCAACAAGCCCACGUGCCACCCCCAAGUCGGAUCUAUCAAAUAUAAAAAAUGUGGAAAGAAGUACAAGUUGUACACUCACCACAGCGAGUGAAAAGGACAUGUCUGCUGAGGAAAGUGCCCCUGAAGUCGUUGAAUCUUUUCAGUCUGUGGUGACUGACCCUGAAAAUGAAACUCUCAGAGAAAAUGCCCUUAAAGGUGCAUCUGAGGUAAAGGAAGGUAAAACGUCCGUAUCAUGGGAGGGCAAGCGCCACGACACUCUUGGAAAGGAAACAGCAAACAUGUUGGGUUGUGAAGUUAAACAUACAAUCUGCGGUGAGGGACCCAAGUCCAAAAGGCCGGAGGAGUCUUCAUAUCAAUUAUUUCCAUCACUUCACUUCAGUGGCUGCUCUGAGACCCAGCAGAGGUUUCUCGCCCAGGAAGCUCUCGACUGCACGAAAGCUUUGUUAGAGGAUGAAAGUCUCUCAGUGACAUCAGAGAAUGAGCCACUGCAAGAUUACCCAGGAUCCAAUGCCACAUCUGCAGAGGAACAGAAAGGAAGAGGGAAAAGAUUGGGAGACGAUGCAAAUAUGACUGUUCAGCCUCCCCUGAAAAGACGAUUACUGGACGAAUUCGAUCGGACUGUUGUUGGUCCGAGAGGUUCAACACUACAUCCACAAAAAACUUGUCCAAACAGUGUAAUGAAAGACAGGAGAGCUUUCAAGUUUCAAGCCUCUCCUCAUCCAAAUAUCACACAGCCACACAGGAAUGGAAAAAACUAUGUGGAAACCAAACUGCAAAACACAACACCAGCACAACAUUUUACCUCAGGAGGAAGCAGAUCAGCGCAUUCAAACAUGCCAGCGUUUGUUCCUCCAUUCCUCAACAAUGCAAAGAUGGAGACCUGCAAGGAUGCCGUGCUCAAAGUCAACACAAGAACACCUCCUGCAUUUGUUCCUCCUUUCAAAAAACAAAGAACUAUUGUCCAAGAGAGUUCCUGUAAACCACAGCAGGAGGAGGACAAACACCAGCAUCUCUUUGUAACACCCACUAACCGCAGCACUAUCUUACCGCCCACUAAAAAAACACAAAGCAGUACAGAUGUAGCUGGUAAUACAAGCAAAGUAGAUAUUCCACCGGUGGCCUUGGCUGACACAAAGCAUGAUUAUCUGACUGAUAAUCACAAUGUUCCUGUUGGCUGUGGUUCAGGGGACUCUGCUGCAAAGGCAACACGUGAGGACGACACGUUUUCCAGAGGCCAAGACAUGUUUCAGAAUCUUGAAAAUGUGGAGUUGGCGCGGGAUAUGCAAGACAUGAGAAUCAGGAAGAAGAAGCGCCAGACGAUCCGACCGUUGCCGGGUAGUUUGUUUCUAACCAAAACCUCUGGGGUCUCAAGGAUCCCAUUAAAAGCUGCUGCAAAUGGAAAGCUCCCUGGGAUAUACACCUCAAAACAGCUGUAUGGAUAUGGAGUGCAUCAACAUGUGUCCGACAUCAGCAGCGAGACAGCCGAGGCUUUUCGCUUCAAUGUGCAUCAGUUCCUGAAACUGGAAGCGUUUACAGACGGAGGUGGCGUUCAGCUGGCCGAUGGAGGAUGGCUAAUCCCCAGCAAGGAUGGGACUGCAGGAAAAGAAGAGUUUUAUAAAGCCCUGUGUGACACUCCAGGUGUGGAUCCUAAACUGAUGAGCGAGGAGUGGGUGUUCAAUCACUUCAGAUGGAUCGUGUGGAAACAAGCCUCCAUGGAAAGAUCUUUUCCAGAAACGAUGGGCGGCCUCUGUCUCACGCCACAGCAGGUUCUCCUUCAGCUCAAGUACAGAUAUGAUGUAGAGAUCGACCAGAGCCGUAGACCCGCUCUGAGGAAGAUCAUGGAAAAGGACGACACAUCAGCCAAGACCCAGGUUCUCUGUGUUUGCGGGGUCGUCUCCAGGGGACACUCCUCAAUCAGACCGAGUCGCGGCGACACCAAGACUCCACAAGGGGCCGAUGCCAAGGUCGAACCCCCCUCUGCAGUAGUUUGGCUGACGGAUGGGUGGUACGCCAUCAAAGCUCAGCUGGAUGAACCUUUGACUGCCAUGCUUCACAAAGGUCGACUGGCUGUCGGUGGGAAGCUGAUCGUCUACGGGGCUCAACUGGUGGGAUCGCAGGAGGCCUGUUCCCCUCUGGAGGCACCGGAAUCCCUCAUGUUAAAGAUUUACGCCAACAGCACCAGACCUGCACGGUGGGACACCAAGCUGGGAUUUCACAGAGAUCCCCGGCCGUUCCUGCUGCCUAUCUCCAGUUUGUACAGCAAUGGAGGACCAGUAGGAUGUGUGGACAUUACCAUACUCAGAAGCUACCCCAUACAGUGGAUGGAGAGGAAACCAGAUGCGGGCGUUGUGUUUCGUUCUGGUCGUGCAGAAGAGAAAGAGGAGAGACGAUACAGCAGCCAAAACCAAAAGUCCAUGGAGAUUCUUUUUACCAAGAUUCAAACUGAAUUUGAAAAAGAGCAGACAGGUAACAACAAACCUCAACGCAGAAGACGCACAAUUAAUCGUAAGGAUAUUGCAAAUCUGCAAGAUGGGGAGGAGCUGUAUGAAGCAGUGGAGGAUGAUCCAGCUUACUUGGAGGCUCAUUUGAGUGAGCAACAGUUGGAGACUGUUCAAACCUACAGACGCUCCCUGAUGGAGAAGAAACAGGCUGAGCUACAGGAUCGAUACCGUCGGGCUCUAGAAGCAGAGAGCGGUGACGGGACCUGUCCCAAACGAGACGUCACACCUGUGUGGAAACUCUGCGUUUCUGACUCUAUGGGCAGUGGCAGUGUUUACCAGUUGAAUUUUUGGCGACCCUCCUCAGAUCUUCAGGCUCUACUGAAGGAAGGCCGUCGAUACAAAGUUUAUAAUCUCUCCACUUCAGAGGGAAAGAAACGCAGCGGAAUCGAAACGGUUCAACUCACUGGGACAAAGAAAACCCAGUUUCAGGACCUGGAGGCCCAGGAAUGGUUAUCAGAACAGUUUCAACCGAGGGUUUCCACCAGUUUCAUGAAUCUUCAAAACCCAGAAUUCCAGCCGCUGUGUGGAGAGGUUGAUCUCACAGGAUUUAUCAUCAGUAUCAUGGAUGGACAGGGUUCCUCUCCGGCAGUUUAUUUGGCUGAUGGAGAACUGAACUUUGUUAAAGUGCGCUGUUUCAGCAGCUUUGCUCAGUCUGGCCUGGAGGAUGUUGUAAAACCACGUGUGCUGUUGGCUCUGAGCAACCUGCAGCUGAGAGGUCAGUCCCUGUCUCCCACUCCUGUUCUCUACGCUGGAGAUCUGACCGUCUUCUCUACGAACCCCAAGGAGGUUCAUCUACAGGAAUCCCUCAGCCAACUCAGAAACCUGCUCCAGGGUCAGCAGAACUUCUUCCUCACUGCUGAGGAGACACUUUUACAUUUACUCAAGUCCGAUGGCCUAAGAUCCAUCUCUUCUCCAGCUGUCCACCCUCUAACCCCAGCUUGUGCAACUGACAUGAGACAAGACACAAAGACAAGCCUGAUCACUCAGCAGCCAAUCAGAAGCUUCGGAUCCUUCACCCCUGUCAGCAGGAAUCCACCUGCGCCAACGUCUUUAACAGAGAAAGACCCCAAAAGCCUGAAGAGGAGAAGAGCUCUGGACUAUCUGUGUCGCAUCCCGUCUCCACCGGCUCUCUCCCAUCUGGGCUCGGUGGCGACUCCGUGUGUGAAGAAGACGUUCAACCCUCCUCGGAGGUCUGAGACACCAAGCACUUUAAAGACAGAACAGACUCCAGCUCGCAAACCUGUCGUCUCACCAAAGGAAGGUGAAUGGGUGAACGACGAGGAGCUGGCGAUGAUUGAUACUCAGAACUUGGGUGUUGGUGAUUCAAUGAAGAGGAAGAAGAGCUUCCGUAAACAAGGCAUCGGUUUGGAAGUUGAUUUCCCGGUUUUAUUUUCCAUUAACUUUUCCGCCAUUAUUCAUGUGUCCUGGGUUUUUACGAUGUCUCGUAGUAAAUCCUCCAACACGACCUCUCCUGCCGUUCAAAGAGCCCGUGUGGGUAAAGAUGGAGGACGUGACCCUAAGCCUGUGAGCAGCGACAGCAGCAAGAGGGAGCGUGCGAUCAAGGAGGUCGGACUCACCAGCAGCACAUUCAUCGGCCCCACGUUUCCUCGGCCGGCAUCCGCACCGAAGAAGUCGAAGAAGUCGAAGAAGUCGAAGGACAUCGAGGACACGCUGAGCGAGUUCUACAAAGAGCUGGAGAAGAUCGACACGCCCGACGGUGCCGAUGGAAACUCAAGGAAACCAGAGGAAGGUUUUGCUCGACCACGCGAGAGAACGUAUAAUGCCGGCAACUCUGCAGAAACAGACGGCUGGCGGAGAAGCGAUGGAGAGAGGCCGGGGUCUUGGCCACACUGGUAUCAGAACGAGCCGUAUCACCCCAGGGGGCCGAGGCCAGGCGGUGACCUGACCCCUCAGAAUCAAUGGCGUUAUCCUCAUCCACAGAACAGACCACCAAACCCAGGGUUACACAGACCCCCAUUCCGCCAUCCACCGCCCCCACCUGCAUUCCAGGGUCCACAGAACCCGCCGCCACGCGUGAAUCCCAACUGGAGCGGUUCAGGCCCCGCAAACCAGUAUCAAGAGUUCUCCAGCAUCCCAUCUCCGAAUGUGCGCGGAGCACCCUCUCAGGGCCACUAUGGAGAGUAUCACUCUGACCGGGAUGAACGGGUUCGCAGCUACGAUGCGUACUCAGAUAAUGGAAACAGAGAAUGGUCCAAAGAAAGAGAAGCAGAAUGGUCUCAGUUUGAUGGAGGUCAUGACCAAAACCGAGUAUUUAAUUCAGAAAAUAAAGUGUGGGAGCCACAGCCUCACUGCAGACCCCCCGAUAACACUCAAGCGCACCGUUCUUCCUUGGUGCUGAUCCUGUUGAGGGGACUGCCAGGAUCUGGGAAGACGACACUUGCCAGGGAGCUGCUCUCCACUGGUCCCAGUGGGGUAAUACUGGGCACAGAUGACUACUUUCUUCACAAGGAUGACUACUGCUAUGAACCAUUCCUUCUUGGAGAGGCCCAUGAAUGGAACCAGAGCAGAGCCCAAGAUGCUAUGCAUGAUCGCCGCUCUCCAAUUAUUAUCGAUAAUACAAACAUUCAAGCCUGGGAGAUGAAGCCAUAUGUCAAAAUGGCCUUGGAGCGAGGAUACAAAGUCGACUUCUGUGAACCUGACACCAGCUGGAAGUUGGAUCCUUAUGAGCUUCAGAGGAGAAACAAGCACGGGGUUUCCCAGGAGAAGAUCGCGCGGAUGCUGGAUCGCUUUUCAUUCCCCAUUUCCAUAGACACUGUCCUGAGUUCCCAGGAGCCGCCUCACAUCGACCAGAGACAUCGACCAGAGCAGCCGCAGACGAUGAGGGGGAGCAGAGAUCUCCAGUAGUUGAUACAAGGAUUUAACCAGCCAAAUCAUUUUGCCUAGCAAAAUAUAUUUUUCACUGUUGCUGUUGUUUCUUUGUAUUAAUUUAUAAUUUUAUAUGAUGCAAAUUUGUGCAAAGGGAGAGCAAAUAUAUUUUCUCUACAGAAAUUUUCGACGGGAAAUUGUCAUGUGUGAUAUUUUUUCUAAGAAAAGAAAAAAUCUGCAUUGUUUUUGCAGUUUGUAUUUUACGACAUUUCACACUUGUAUUUUGUGUGUUCCUUGAAAUAGGCAACAACACUUAAAACUAUUAUUGUUCUAAUCAAUUAACAGUUUCUUUGUUUCCUGAAAUCUGCAGAGUAACUGUAAGAAGUUUCUGUUCAGGUAAACCUCUUGUUUCAUAGUUAAUUUGUCUCCAUGGUUCUGCAAACACAACCAUGGAAACACACACAGUGUUAAUUUCUGCACUCCAAUGUUUUUUUAAUUGAAUGAGCAUUUUGCUAAUUAUUAAACUGAUCAAAAAAAAAUGUUUCAAGGGAAAUCACACUUUUCUAUUUACUGAUGUUACAACAAUUGGACAUACAACAAUUUCUGUUUUGGUUUUUUUAAUGUUUUUGUCUAAAAAAUGUGCAAUUGUAAAUAUAACGUUUACCAAAAAACACUGUUGGACAAUAAUGAAUUGAACCAUGGUCCUGUUUUAUUAACUUUAGUCAGGAAUUUUUUUUGUCUUGACAUUUUUACCAGCAACCCAGUAAGUGUGAAAAUCUUCCCAUUAAAUUUCUGAAAUAUU